UGGAUUUUCAGCGCUUUGCUCUGGCCUCUCACUUGCAGCUGGGCCAAUGGGUCGAAUACGCAAUUUAAUUUAACGCUCUACAGGCAAAUGCCCCCGUUAUACCAGCUGGACGACUACGAUCUGUGUCUGCAGCAAAAGCCGAGUCAGCAGCUGCUAGCACACAGCACCUAUUGCCUGGUCUAUGUGGAGCUGAGGCCCAAUGCGAGCUCUGAGCUGUGGCGGCAAAUCGAGCUGGUGUCUAGGGAUGAGAAGCAUCACUAUAGACACGAUCAUCUGUUUGUGGGCGUUUGCCUGGAGCGCUGCAAGCGUUCGCUGCAUACUCUAAGCAGAUUUCAGAUUCAGCAGCUAUACGAGGGCACGGUCGAGGACAAGGAACUAAGCAGUCACUAUGCCAAGGUGCAUAGGCGAUCGUCUGAUGAGCGCCUGCACUACGAUCAUCUAAUCAAUAGUUGUCUGAAUAGAGAGCUUGGCCCCAAGUAUCAGCUGCGCCUGCGCAGCAGCAUCGAGUACUGUGAGCGAGCUGAUGAGCCAUUGGAGCAUGAUGCUCUGGAUAUGACUGCCUACGGUUUACUCGCGCUGCUGCUGCUAUUGACUAUAAUCUGCUCCAGCUACGAUUAUAGCUUGAAGCGUAGGCAAAGACUGGCUAGCGCUGCAUGUGGCAAUAUCUUCUACCAGCAGGCGCUCAAGACCAGAGCUCAACGAUUUCUGUGCUGCUUUUCGCUCUGUCGCAACUAUUAUCGUCUGACUCUGCCUUCGAGCAGCGACUUCUCGCGCGAUCUUCGCUUCUUCGAUGCAUUCCGUGUGAUUGGGGUCUUUGUCGUAAUCUUGGGACACACUUUGAUGAUCUUUAUGACGCUGCAGCUGCAGAAUCCCGAAUUCUUCGAGCUCUAUCUGUACAGAUUCGAGACAUCCUUGUUUCAGAAUGGAAAUGCCGUUAUACAAAUCUUUUUCGUAAUGAGCGCAUUUUUGCUCUACGUCAACUUUACAGAGCGAGGGUGGAUCAAUGGUUCCUCGAGUGUUUCCACCUGCAUUACAGCUUACUUUCGUGUAUUUUUCAAUAGAUAUUUUAGACUGCUGCCCUCGUUAGCUCUCCUGAUACUCUUCAAUGGGUCUAUUCUGAGCCGUCUGGGCGAUGGUCCGUUCUGGCGGCAUUUGACAGAGGCGGAGAGAACUUUUUGCCGUCAAAGCUGGUGGAAGAACAUAUUCUUUGUGAACAACUAUAUGCUGCAGGAGAGUUGCGCCCAACAAACCUGGUAUAUGGCAGCCGAUAUGCAGCUCUUCGAGCUUUUUCUAAUCAUAAUUAUCAUAAUUAAAAGGCACCCAGCAUUAACUAGAUAUAUCUAUGCACUGCUGAUCCUCGCCAUAUUUGCUGUGCCUGCUUCUCUCACAUAUUACCUAAAUCUGGAUGCUGUUUACCACAUGAAGCCAGAAACUUAUCGCUAUUUGUAUUUUCGCAACUCGGAGACCUUUGACCGGAUAUACCCGCCCUUCUACACUAACUUGGGAGGCUAUUUCAUGGGCUUUUUGUGUGCUCAAUUUUAUCUGAAAGUUCGCUCUUUGCCUGCAGCGAAGAGCUCGAAAGGCAAAUGGCAUCUGGAGCUAAGCCUGUGGCUCUUAGUCUUGGCAAUUCUGCUUAUUCUCUUCUCCGGAUAUAUAUUCAUAAGAUUCGACUUUGAGAAGCCGUCCAUCUGGCUGGCUCUCUAUGCGGGCGUCUAUAAGAAUUUGUGGAUUCUAACUUGCGCUGGCUUUGUGUGCUGCAUGUGCUUUAAAGUGGGCUGGCUGGCGUAUGAGUUUUGCUCUCUUUCUGUCUUCCGACCUUUGGCGCGCAUUUCAUUUCAAGCGUUUCUUUGGCAUGUUUUUGUUUUACGGAUAGUAGCAGGGUCUUUCCGGCAACCUGUUUAUGUAAACAGUUUCUAUAUGUUUCAAUAUGUUGUUUUGCUGUAA